ACUGUUUGCCAGCGACCAUUAAACACCGCUGAAGAAGAGGAGGACACCAACAACAGGAUGCAGCGAGACAAGGCUGGGAACGCCGGGGCGGCUGAAAAGCCCGACCGGGAGGCGGCCAUCAUGUCGAAGUACUACGAUGGAGUUGAAUUUCCUUUCUGCGACGAGUUCUCCAAAUACGAAAAGCUGGCCAAAAUAGGCCAGGGAACCUUUGGGGAGGUCUUCAAGGCAAAGCACAGACAGACGGGGAAAAAGGUGGCACUGAAGAAAGUUUUGAUGGAAAAUGAGAAAGAAGGGUUCCCAAUAACAGCUCUGAGAGAGAUCAAGAUCCUUCAGCUGCUGAAACAUGAGAAUGUGGUGAAUCUGAUCGAAAUCUGCCGGACCAAAGCUACUCAGUUCAACAGAUACAAAGGCAGCAUCUACCUGGUGUUUGAUUUCUGCGAGCACGACCUGGCAGGGUUGUUGAGCAACGCCAAUGUAAAAUUCACCUUGGCAGAGAUCAAAAAGGUUAUGCAGAUGCUGCUCAACGGACUGUACUACAUCCACAGGAACAAGAUCCUGCACCGAGACAUGAAGGCCGCCAACGUACUCAUCACCAGAGAUGGCGUGCUGAAGCUGGCUGACUUUGGCUUGGCGCGAGCCUUUAGCCUGGCUAAGAACAGCCAGGGUAACCGCUACACCAAUCGUGUGGUCACGCUCUGGUACAGACCUCCAGAGUUGCUGCUAGGUGAGAGAGACUAUGGCCCCCCCAUUGACCUGUGGGGUGCAGGCUGUAUCAUGGCAGAGAUGUGGACCAGAAGUCCUAUUAUGCAGGGGAACACAGAGCAACACCAGCUUACUCUGAUCAGCCAACUUUGUGGUUCCAUCACUGCUGAGGUGUGGCCUGGUGUCGACAAGAAGUAUGAGCUUUACCAGAAAAUGGAGUUGCCUAAAGGCCAAAAGAGGAAAGUGAAGGAUCGCCUCAAAGCCUACGUCAAAGACCCCUACGCCCUGGACUUGAUUGACAAGCUCCUGGUUCUGGACCCAGCACAGCGUAUAGACAGUGACGAUGCCCUCAACCAUGACUUCUUCUGGUCCGACCCCAUGCCAUCUGACUUAAAGAACAUGCUCUCCACCCACAACACCUCCAUGUUUGAGUAUCUGGCCCCACCCAGAAGGAGAGGCCACAUGCCUCAGCAGCAACCCAAUCAGAACAGAAACCCGGCCACCACAAGUCAGACUGAGUUUGAUCGUGUAUUUUAGUGAAACAGUGAUGAACAGUUUGACUGGUUGGACCUUUGUUCUUCUACGGGCUGGCCUAAUAUGGAGGGGAGCUAUGGCAUUCAAUCCUGGCUGAGGCUUGGCAGGCUGAGCUUGGAGCCUUUUUUGUUCACUGCUCCUAUCUAACUGUUAUUUCAUUGCUCUGGUCAUUGAUAGAGUUCUGGUAGAUUAACUGGUGGCCCGAGGACAAACUCUUUGCACUGACUGUAUGCCAGAGCCAGACUGAAAGGGGAUGGAGGCUUCUUGGAAUUAAACAAGGAGAAGUAGAAUUGCAGCGUAUUACUGUUGUGUACAAAAUCAGGAUAAUAAUGACCAAACAGCAGCAGCACUGCAGCUGCAUCAGUGUCUUGGUUUAAAGGCGCAUCAGCAGGAUGGAUGACACAGCUAAGGACUACUCAUGGUUCCGCCCUGCUAUCCACCUAAUUGCCAAGUAUGUCAUUCUGACUAUCUUGAGCUUCUUUCUUGUGAAAUGUCAUAGAUACUGAAGCAGAGACAGACAUUCAACUCCUGGAAGAUAUUUGUAUGUGUACCCCAUAGCUGAGCCGUCAGGCCCGCAAGGCACAUCCGACACAGCAGCUCCCGCCCUCUUUGAUGUAGGGCCCUACAACCAGUCAGAUUUUUUUAAGCUUAGUUAACCCUUUGAAACCUCUCGUGAAUUCACUUGACAGCUUUCAAAAACAUGGGUAAAAAUUGAUGAGCAAAUCAGCAAAAAAAAUUGCCACAACAUGAGAAAAGAACAAAAUUAGGACAAACAAUAAAAUCAGAAAAUAGUAGUAAAACUAGAUUGAUAAUGAUUGAAAUGAUAUAUUUCAAUUAUUUUAUUGCACAGGGUCCCCAAAUGUCUUGGGAUGUCGCUGUCCCUUACCAAGAAUCAUCAGUUAUCUCUGACUUGAAUUGAUUUUUCUGAAAUUUUGACCUUGUCUCCUUUCGGCCUGCCAGGUAUGAUUUAAGAGUGAUGUGUGCAGAGACGAUAAAUACAAGAAACAAAACUUGCAUGUAUACCCAAUGUCUUUGGGAUAGAAAUUUGAUGCUCUCCCUUUUGUGAGCUUGCAUCCUGUCUAUCUAUCCCUUGAUAGAAAAUGAAUACUGAUGUGAGAUAAAAUCCAACUAAUUCAGGGCAUCAGACGAAUAUCCCACACAUGCAACAUGCUAGAAACAAAGGUCAGGUAAGCCUAGUGUUUAAAAUGAUCCGUAGUCAAAAACCAUCAAUACCUCACUAUUUAGAUGGAUAGUAUUUGUGCAAAAUCAGUCUCACACAUUGGACCUAUAAAAUUUGAAGGGGGUUGUGAAUUUCAGUGUUGAUUUUUUUUUUUUUUUUUUUUUUUUUUUUUUGGCUCUAACCAGCCCUUUGAACAGUCAUUCUUGUUACUCAUCCAGCCUCAGAAAACAUUGUUGAGAUAGCUGACAAUAUAUUGUGAUUUUAUUUUGUAUAUCCUCUGUUUUUGUCAUUUUGUUUAUUUUUAUAUUUGCUAUGGACACUUCUGUGAGUCUGAAAUAAAGUUUUAAGUUUAAUUGAAGUCACAUUCACACCUAAGAGCAAAACUCAAGACUUCAGAUGCUUAGUUUUAGUUCUGGAUUUGGGAAUGGAACUAAUAUUUAAAAUAUCCAGCUGAGGAUGAUCUAGCCAGGUCCAAAAUAUUGACGGACACCUAUAACACUGCAACUACCUUGCUUGUGCAUUUAGUUACUAUGUGUGAAUAUAACCUGCUGGAGAAGUCUAUGUAAGGCAUAAGGAAUUCAUGGUGGGAUUGACAAUUCAGUUACUUCAUUUUUUUCUUUUUUAAGUUACAUUUCAUUUGUAUGACCAUGAUGGUGUCACAUAUUUUUGUAUGCUGCUUCUGAUUGUAAAAUUAAACUUCAGUGAAGCCAGAGA